GGUAUUAUUUUUUUUUAAUAAUAAAAUUAGUACUUCCUUGUGCUUCAUUUAGAACUGAGAGGCAAAUCAGAUUGACCCUUGAAUGUCUAUCAUGUUCUGAAGCCCCAACACUUUAGGGUUUGUAUUUUUUUCAUCUGGUUUGCGCGGGGAUCUUAAAAUAUGCAGUCCAAGUCUGAAACUGCAAAUCAACUAAGGACUGAUCAGCAUUCUUUUCCAGCGAACAAUGUUUAUUCUGAGCCUUGGUGGCGUGGUGUUGGGUACAAUCCCGUGAAUCAAGCAAUGACCGGGGCAAAUGCAUCGAAUUCAUCCUCACUGGAAUGCCCUAAUGCUGAAUCUGAAUCCAAUGAUGGUCAAUCUUUGUCCAAUAGUGGUUUGAAUGAGGAAGAUGAUGAUGCCACUAAAGAAUCACCAGCCGGUGCUCCUAAUCAAUCAGGAAAUUACGUUCAAGAACACCAGGGCAUGCAGCAUGCUUCGUCGUCUGCACCAUCCAUGCGAGAUGAAUGCUUCACACAGGCUCCACAGCUCGAACUAGUUGGUCAUUCAAUAGCAUGUGCUUCACAUCCUUAUCAGGAUCCAUAUUUUGCUGGAAUGAUGGCGGCUUAUGGUCCCCACCAGCUGGGAUAUCCUCCUUUUAUGGGAAUGCCACAGGCCAGAAUGCCUUUGCCCCUUGAGAUGGCACAAGAACCUGUUUAUGUAAAUGCGAAGCAAUACCCAGCAAUUCUUAGGCGCAGACAGGCUCGAGCAAAGGCAGAGCUGGAAAAGAAGCUAAUAAAAGCUAGAAAGCCAUACCUUCAUGAAUCUCGGCAUCAGCAUGCAAUGAGGAGGGCAAGGGGUACUGGAGGUCGCUUUGCAAAGAAAAAUGAUGCCACUGAUGGUUCAAACCACUCUGGCAAAGACAAGGAUGUGGGAUCUGGUCCAGUGGUAUCUUCACAAUCAGUUAGUUCAUCUGGUUCUGAACCUUUACCCUGUGAGUCUGCUGAAACAUGGAACUCUCCAAAUGUGCAACAAGAGGCCAGAGGAUAUAAACUUCCUGACCAAUAUGAUGCGCACAACUACUCGAACAAUAAUGGCCCUUAUCGUAAUCAUAGUGGCUUGCAAUCUUCCACUUAUCAUUUGCACUCAGGUGAAAGAGUCGAGGAAGGGGACUGUUCAGGACAACAACGGGGAAGUAUCUCUUCUGAACACACUUCACAGAGGCGUCUUGCAAUUCAGUAGAAACCCUGGUGCUUGAGGGCAUAGAUGCCGAGGUAGGGUUUGUAUCCAAGUGAAAUAGCUAGUCAGUACCUUGGUUAUCUUUUAACAUCCUUGGCAAGUUACAUGCCAAGCGGCAAAUCAUUCUUGGCUUUAUUAUUGUGUUUGUGAUGUGGAUGAUAUGAUGUGGGGAGAAGAAUGAUGAUUAGGCUGUGACUUCUUUUGAAGCCAAUCAAUCCUACGUUGUCUUCUCAUUCUUGUUUUUUUGUACAGAGAUAGUCGUUAGUGAACUCAAGCUGAGAUGCAUGGCCUGGUUACAAGACAUGGAAACUUAGAAACUAUUCAUGUACCUCCUCUGGUUUGAUGAUGGGCCUAAUUUGUGUAACUCACCGGGUGGUUAAUGCUACUUGACUCAAUAGAAUGAUAGUACGAGUUCAGUAAGAUUUUGUGGGUUUUAGUUCUCCCACUGAUAUUCUGUUAGAGUAUCUCUCGCUCGCUCCCCCCCAAGUCCACACCUGUUUAAGUUCCCAUAUUUCUUCUUCAUCAGUAAUAUGCGUCGACCUGAAUGGAAGGCUUCUUGGGACUCACUGGCUUGCUUGUUUUAUGACUUCAUAAUAUUGGGUAAACUUAGUUUACAAAAUCUCUGUAGGUUAGGCGUAGGUUAGGUUAAUUAUGAUUUAUGAAUGUACAUGUAAGAGGAUUACCAUAAAUGUCAAUUUCACUUUUUAGUAUUUUAGGAUGAA